AUGGUUCACUACAAACUGACCUACGGAGACGCUCGCGGCCUCGGUGAGCCAGCUCGCCUUAUCUUUCACUACGCCAAGGUGGACUUUGAGGACGACCGAUUAACCGACUUUUUUACCGCUAUGGAGAAAAUCCGUGAUCGUAAGUUAUUCUCCAUGUAUAAUAUAAGAAAACUCGGAAAUUUUUAAAUUGCAGGCACUUUUUUUUGAGAUCAUAACUCCUUUUAUCCAAUUUUAUGUAUUUUAGAACUUCCAUUCGGGCAAGCCCCAGUUCUGACUGUUGAUGGAACUGCCAUGAUCGCCCAGAGUCAGGCCAUAUACCGCUUCCUCUCUCGUCGUUUUGGGUUGGCCGGAAAGGACGAUAUUGAGCAAGCUCAGGUUGACAGCUACGGAGAUUUCUUGCAAGAUCUGAUGACCAACGUGCGUCCAUAUAUGUUGGUUGUUUCUGGCCAUGGUCAGGGAGACAAGGAGAAGUUGGCUCAGGAUGCCAAGACUUAUGUCGAGACCAAGUGGGAGAAGUAUUUCAACAGAAUCGUUGAUGUAAGCCCUUUUUUAUAUAUUUUAAUUGGACGCUGUUGCUGAUUUUAUUCUUUCGAAUUUGCUAAAUCUGUUUUAUUUAGGCUUCGGGAACUGGUUUCUUGGCGAAAUCUGGACUCACCUGGCCCGAUUUUAUCGUUUCCAACUUCUACGAGACUGCCAAAAACAUCGGACUUGAUGCCGUCACUAAUAUCAAGCAUUUCAAGACGAUCCAUGAUAAUGUGAAGGCUCUUCCUCAACUAAAGGAAUACUUUGCCCAGAGAAAGUCCUCUCAGUUCUAA